AAAUGGCAGUGCAUUGAGGACACAUCUGGGAAGCUUCGAAUUCACAGUGUAAAGGGCCCAGUGACCUGCUCCUCGUCUGGCAGAGCAUGUGGAACCUCUCGCAGCUUCCAUGAUAAGGACAAAGAGUGCAGUUGCAGGGAAUCUGGUUACCGAGCCAGCAGAAGCCAGAGGAAGAGUCAGAGGCAGUUCCUGAGAAACCAGGGGACUCCAAAGUACAAGCCCCGAUUUGUCCAUACCUGGCAGACACGCUCCUUGUCUGUUGAAUUUGAAGGAGAAUAUGACAUAAAUCUGUAAGAGGAAGAAUUGCAAGUGUUGCAGCCAAGGAGCAUUGCCAAGCAUCACGACGAAGACCACAGGGGUUUGGGAGGUCGCCAGGCUGCCGGUGGUGGCAACGGGGAUGAGCUGCUGGCAGACAGCAGCAAUGCCGUGGACCUACCAACCACCGUCUGUGUGACACACAAGUGUUUUAUUCUUCCAAAUGAUACAAUCCAUUGUGAGAGAGAACUGUAUCAGUCAGCCAAAGCCUGGAAGGAUCAUAAGGCAUACAUUGAUAAAGAGAUUGAAGUUCUGCAAGAUAAAAUUAAGAAUUUGAGAGAAGUGAGGGGACUAAAGAGAAGAAAGCCUGAGGAAUGUAGCUGCAGUAAGCAGAGCUAUUACAAUAAAGAAAAAGAUGUAAAAAGCCAUCUUCACCCCUUCAAGGAGGCUAUUCAAGAAGUUGACAGCAAACUGCAACUUUUCAAGGAGAAUUGUGGUAGGAAGAAGGAGAGGAAGGAGAAGAAAUGCCAGAGGAAGGGGGAGGAGUGCAGUCUACCUGGCCUCACCUGCUUCACCCACGACAACAACCACUGGCAGACGGCCCCUUUCUGGAACUGUAAAUCUUUCUGCGCUUACACCAGUUCUAACAAUAACAUCUACUGGUGUUUGCGGACAGUAAAUGAGACACAUAAUUUUCUUUUCUGUGAGUUUGCCCCUGGCUUUCUGGAGUACUUCAAUAUGAAUACAGAUCUUUAUCAGCUCACAAACACCGUGCACACAGUAGAACGGAGCAUUUUUUUUUUAUUGAACGGGGCAUUUUUGAACCAGCUACAUGUACAGCUAAUGGAGCUCUGCAGCUGUCAAGGGUACAAACAGUGCAACCCAAGACCAAAUUGUUUAGCUCUGGGAACUAAAGAUGGAGGAAGCUAUGACCCACACAGAUCUUUAGCUUUGCUUUUCCAUCAGUUCAUUGACCCAGCAAGCUGCAUCUCCAAGCACUUACUCACUCUCAUGCUUGUGUGCUUGUUGGGUGAUGCUUUGGAGCAUGGAAUGAUGUGA